GAGCCUGGAGCUGCCUACAGCUCCCAUCAUCCCGCGGGGCCGGUGCCCGACCUUGGGGGCGGUGAGGCCUGGCCCGGCCCGGCACGGCCGCUGGGGGUGGGUUGUUCCCGCCGGGGCGGGGUGCUGCGAUGCCGGGGUAGCCGCGGCGGUCGCGGUUAGGGGUAGGGCGGGAGGCGGCUGCAUGCCGCCGGUGUCGUCCCCCCCGCCCCGCCUAGGCCGUGCCGGGGAGGGGGGGGCUGUCUGACGGCCCCCGCCGCAGCUGCCGCCGGCGCCGACGGGAGGAGCCGCGAAGGCUGGUUUUCUCACGGGGCAGGAGGAAAGCAUGGGAUGGAAGCACAGCCAGGCUCUUCCCAGGGGGGCUGACCCACAGGGCAGGGGCUCAAGAGGGCACCCUGCCCGCAGGGGUUAUGGCAUCUGAGCAGCCCUGGCCUCAGGAGGAGUGUCACCAGCCUGGUCUCAUCUCAGCCACCUAAUCCAGGCCAAGAGGGCCAUAAAACCCACCCUUUGCAAACACGAGGCCUCUGGGAUUGUUAUGUGUAUGGGAAGGGCUGGCUCCCUUCCCCCUCACUGCUGGGACAUGGCAGAGGGAGGCUGAGCAGCUUUCCCAGCACUCAGGGAAAUUGGGGCCAAGCCUGGAUGAAAGGUCUGGGGCCGGGGGGCUGGAGGGAGCUGGGGCCACAGGAGGGAGGAAAUCCUGCUGGAUUAGAGCGGCUUUCCUGAUGUCUUACUAGGGCUCGGUGCUGCCUGCUGAGCCAGCAGGAUUGGGCCAAGGAUGCUGGCGUGAUGCUGGCGCAUUGACUCUCAAGAGCAGAGCAUUUGCGGGUGAGGGAACAGAGGGGUAAUGCUGUCAGUCACACACAGGUCCUGCCCUGAGGAAUGGCUGCAGAUGUCCACAAGAAGAAAGGCUGGGAAGUGCCCAAUGGGUCCCUGGCACCAGGAGAUGGGCAGCAUGCGGAGCGGUCCGAGAGCCCCACACCAGGGCUGGCGCAGGGGAUGGAGCCAGGGGCAGGCCAGGAGGGAGCCAUGUUCGUGCAUACCCGCUCCUAUGAGGACUUGACAAGUCCCGAGGACGGGGCAGCCGUGGCACAGAGCCCGGAGGACAGGCGGGGGGAACCAGCCAAGCUGACCAGCAUGGAGCAGAUCAGCAAGGACUUCAGUGAGCUGAGCACACAGCUCACGGGCAUGGCCGUUGACCUGGAGGAGGAGAUGAGGCAGAGCAAGGAGGGGAAGCUGGAGCCAUCCCCGCAGACCACCCGCUGUGAGUCAGUGCUGUCUGGCAAGGAGGAGGAGGACGUGACCAUGGACGCCUGGCGCAUGCACCGGAAGCACGUCUUCGUGCUGAGUGAGGCAGGCAAGCCCGUGUACUCACGCUAUGGCUCUGAGGAGGCCCUCUCCAGCACCAUGGGUGUCAUGAUGGCCCUGGUGUCCUUCCUGGAGGCUGAGAAAAAUGCAAUCCGGUCCAUCCACGCAGCAGAUGGCUACAAGGUGGUCUUCGUGCGGAGGAGUCCACUGGUGCUGGUGGCAGUGGCACGGACCCAGCAGUCAGAGCAGGAGAUCGCCCAUGAGCUGCUCUACAUCUACUACCAGAUCCUGAGCCUGCUCACCUGGACCCAGCUCAACCACAUCUUCCAGCAGAAGCAGAACUAUGACCUGCGCAGACUCCUGGCCGGCUCUGAGCGCAUCACUGACAACCUGCUGGACCUCAUGGCCCAUGACCCCAGCUUCCUCAUGGGCGCUGUGCGCUGCCUGCCCCUCGCUGCCAGCGUCCGGGAUGCUGUCAGCACCAGCCUCCAGCAGGCCAAGGCCAAGAGUCUGGUCUUCUCCAUCCUCCUGUCAGGGAACCAGCUGGUGUCUCUUGUGAGGAAGAAGGAUCAGUUCCUCCACCCCAUUGACCUCCAUCUGCUCUUCAACCUCAUCAGUUCGUCUUCUUCCUUCCGGGAGGGUGAAGCUUGGACUCCCAUUUGCCUCCCCAAGUUCAACUCUAGUGGCUUCUUCCAUGCCCACAUCUCCUACCUGGAGCAGGAGAUGGACCUGUGCCUCCUGCUAGUCUCCACCGACCGCGAGGACUUCUUCACCGUCUCUGACUGUAAGCGGCGCUUCCAGGAGCGCCUGCGACGGCGGGGAGUGCAUCACGCUCUGCAGGAGGCCCUGCGCACCCCCUUCUACAGUGUCGCCCAGGUGGGCAUCCCUGAUCUCCGGCACUUCAUCUACAAGUCGAAAAGCUCUGGGCUCUUUACCAGCCCUGAGAUUGAAGCACCCUAUGUGCGGGAAGAGGAGAAGGAGAGGCUCUUGGGGCUCUACCAGUACCUCCACAGCCGGGCUCACAACUCUUCGCGCCCCUUGAAGAACAUCUACUUCACGGGCCCCCGUGAAAACCUCCUGGCUUGGGUAACAAGCGCCUUCGAGCUUUACAUAUGCUACAGUCCCCUGGGGACGAAGGCCGGUGCCAUCAGUGCUGUCAACAAGCUCAUGAAGUGGAUCCGUAAGGAGGAAGACCGACUCUUCAUCCUCACACCCCAGACAUACUGACGGGCAUUGCCUAGUGCAUGGCACCAGCCGGGGUACACCCUGCUGUGCUGGGGAGCCUGUCCCCUGGGGAAGCCUAGGCCAUGAGUCCAGGAGAGAGGGCAUGGUGGGAACCCAAAGCACGGGGAAACCCACCCAUGAGACUGCCCAACUUGGGUGGUAGAGGCAGGGUGCACAGCUGCCAGGGGAAGGGGGUGAGCAGGGCUUUCUCUCAUAUGCAGGCAGUGCCUCCCAGCUGAGGGAGCUGUCCUUCCUCUGCAGACCCCAGCUCCAUCCCUCGUUGUGGGGGUCCUGGAACAGGGCUACUGGUGCCCUGGGUUGCUGGAGGGGAGCUGAGCCCCUGGGUCCUGCUGCCUGUGCCUGGCACCCUCCUCUUUGCCAUCCUGCAGCUGUGCCAAGGGUGGGGAUCCCCAGGAGAUACAUGGCAGCACUCGGGGGACUCCUGUGCUGCUGCGCCCGCAGAGGGUGGGUGACACCACUCUCCAGGUGGGAGACAGGGCUGGCCCAGGGCAUGCACUGCUCAUCUCCCUGCCCUGGGCAAGGGGGGCCCCCAAGUGCCAGGCAGCCCCUGGCAGUCCCAGACCCCUGCCCUGGCAGGUUUGCCCCUUUGGCAUCUGUGCGCGCCCAGACCCUUCCCACUGUGGCUGUGAAAAGGAUGUCCCUGGGGCUGCUGGCAGGUGGGGUGGUGGGUCAGCCUGCCCUGGCCAGGGAAGCGCAGUCCUCCCUACCUCCACAUGGGGACGCAGAGCAGCCUGAGAGAGACUUGGGGUAGCGAGGUGCCCAUCAGGGUGCUUGUGGGCUUGUGGUACAUGGCUCUUGGGCAGUGGACCUUAAAGGGGUGGCUGGAGCACAGCCCUCUGGAGAGCCCACUGGCACGGGGCCCUGCUGCUCCCCCAGCCCAAGGAGGGUCUUCCCCUUGGUGUGGGGGCACCUGUCCCCCAAACCCAGCCCCUAGAGCCAGCUACGUUGAGCUUGCUACACAAGGGCUGCCUCCUCCCCAGCCAUCCCCACGCACUGGUGUGGGGCUGAGUGCCCGUGAAUGCUGCGGCACACUGGGCAUGGCCCAACCCCACAUUUUGGGGCUGUCUGCCAACUGCUGGGACGGGUGUUCCAGGAUGGGCAGAGCCACCAGGGUGGCACUGGGACAGUGAAGGAGCUGGGAAGGGCCUGGCAGGGCUGGCACGGGGACUCUGCGUAUUUAUGCUCCUUCCAGAGUGUAAUCGCUUGUCUUUGCUCAUAAACAUUAUCUGGACCCCAA